AUGAGGAUCGAGGAGAAUAGGGCAAGGGGAGGAAGGCCGCGUGUCGAAGGCGCAACUUCUCUCUUCUACGACCAUACCAGCUCGCCUCGCUACGACUGGCUGCUCCCUGGCUGGGUUGUCGAAGAACGAACCAUGCCCACCGGCAGAGUUUAUCGAAUUUACUAUGAUCCAUUUGGCAGGGCUUAUGCAACCAAAAGCGAAGUGAUUCUGGCGUGGGAGCAAGCUGGUCUGCAUGUCGUGAAUCCUUAG